AUGUCUCAGGACAAUCAACCGGCAUCCACUACCCCAGGGGGUCUUUUAAAAAGCCAGAAUCUGGGAUCUAAUAUUUCGAACAUGGUACAAAAACCUCCUAUAGCUAGCUCGCCGGUCUUAGCAAGAUCAACCCAGAACACCCCAUUGAAUUCAAACACAACAUCCACGAUUCCUUUACAACAAUGGGUGUCACAGUAUCAAACUACAUUAGAUAUUUCCCCUGCAUCAACAAGCAGAAAAGAAUAUCCAAAUAUAAUUGAUACGGAUAAUAGGCUGCCUACUAUCGCAAAUAUGAACAAUUUCAAUAAUAGUAAUAAUAACCUUCCUGGUUUAGGUCCAAUUCGGAGAAAAUCGACUAAGCCAAUCAAGCCGGUAGCAAUAAAACCAUCUCCAUCUUUGCCUACUUUAUUGCCAAAAUCAGUCACCCCACCCAAUCUCGCUCGAUUAGCACCGAAAGAAGCAAUUGGGAUAGAUCAAAUUAAACAAUUUCAAACAAGUUUCCAUCUUGGCUCAAGUAAACCUUCUUACAAUAAGACUUCCAUUAACGCUAUAAUUAAUCUUGAUUCCGAACCAGAAAACAAACCAGAACUUUCAGCUCCAAAGGAAAAGAAAAAGAGGGUACAAAAAAGGAAGCCUUCAGAUGACAAUGGGACGCAAGCGAUUAAGAAAAGAAAGUCUGAAAAGGUUAAGGAUUCAGGGGGCUCUACGGUAGGUUUGCCGCAAGUUGAAAACACGGUAACUAAAGCUUCAACCGAAUCUCCAAAAAAGAAGAAAGCUGUCAAAUCAAAACAGACGGACCCUAAGAUUAAUGAAACAAAAAAAUCUGUUAAAUCUAAGAAAAAGUCUGUAGAGGCAGUUACACCACCAAGCGCAGACCCAUCCAAGUCCGUUGUUCAUCCUAAUAUGACAACGGAAAGAAAUGUAAUCAAAGAUAAUGAUAUAUUAUUACCCUCGCCCCAAAUAAUAGAUUUGACUAUGUCACCACCCAGUCUUAAAGAAGACGUUAAGAUUGAAAAGGAUAAUAACAAAACAUCUGAAAACGAUAAGGAAAGAGAGAAAGAGAAAGAGAAAGAGAAAGAGAAAGAGAAGGAAAAGGAAAAGGAAAAGGAAAAAGAGAAGGAGAAAGAGAAAGAGAAAGAGAGAGAAAAGGAAAAACCAGAACCACCAAUAAUUGCAAUAAAUAUACCCUUAAUUGACCCUUCCAAUCCCAAGCCUGGCCAAUCAGAAGUUGUGAUAAAUGUAUUAAAGUUGGCUGAAGAUAAAUAUGGAUGGUCUGUAAUACAUCCUAAUGCAAAAUCCGCAAUUGAUUUGAUGGAUGAAAUUAUUGAUGAUGAAGACGAUGGAAUGGAAGAAGAUAUUGAAGAAGAUGAAUUACCGAUUAUUGAUGAGCAAGGUCCUAUUUCCGGAAAUCCUCUUGCAAAAAAGAAGAAGGCUACUGAAGAGGAAUUAACAGAAGAACAAUUAGCUAGAAGACAUGAAGUUAAAAUGAAUAGAAAGGUGGGGAAAUAUGAUUAUGAAGACCCAUUUAUUGAUGAUGAAGAAUUGCAAUGGGAAGAAGAGAUCACUUCGACAAAAGAUGGUUUUUUCGUGUAUUGGGGUCCUUUGGUUGACGACAGAAACAAUACUACAUCGAAUAAAAAGGCAUCCUCGAAAAGUAAAAAGUAA